UCUGUGUAUUCAUUGUCUGUGAUAUUAGUCUUGUUGAGGUUAGGCGGUGUGAAAAAGUAGAGGAAACACGUAAGAUUGUGAUCAUUAAAAUGAGUUGUACGUUUUGUGUAAGUACUUUACCGAGAUAAUGUGCAGCAAAAUUUGUCAAUUGUUAAUACAGUGAAGUGAAUUUUUAUCGUUCACGGGAAUCAAGAUACUACCUUAGCGUGACAGGGAGAAAAAUGGUGAAAGUAAACGAAAGUAAGCAAGAUGACCUGCAUGGCCAUUGGCCACAGUCGUCUCUACCCAGUGAUGAUGGAUCUUUCGUUGUUCUGGGAAGAUCCCCGCCCCAAGAACUAAAUACUCAGUUUACAUCUAAUAUGUCUCAACAGCCCACGGUUUGCCCAGCACCUCCACCGCAUAAUAGUUAUCCUGGAAGUUUACCUCACUUGGAAAGCCAGACUUUGCAAAAUUCCAGCUUUGUACCGGGUGUACCACCAACAGAUUUAAGUCCAGAGGAAAUUCAGAGAAAGCUUCAUGAAUUGCUACAAGAAAAUCUGAAGCUCAAAGAUACUCUGUGUCAGAACAACUUGGCAAUGAAGCAGCAGUUUAAUACCCUCGUCAUGUGGCAAAAUGAGUUGCUCAGGGUUCACAAGAAUCACAAGGAAAAGUUUACUGAGACCAAGGAGCUAGUUCUGAAGUUGAGAGCCGAGAAUGCAGAAUUAAAGAAUAUUUUGGAAGCGUACAAGAAGGCAGGAUCGGCAGUCCCAAGUGCUGCAGAGACAGAGUUGAUGAUGGAAAAUGCAGAACUGAAAGGUAAAAUUGCCGAGCUUCAACAGAAACUGUCGACUCCAGUUCCAAGGAAAGAUCAGCUUUACAUCGCACCUUCCAGCAAGAAAGAACAAGAGUUGAGCGCUCUGCUGGAACAGGUCAACAGGCAGCUGGAGAUCGCGGAGCGUGCAAGGCGCCAGCUGACCGUGGAUGUGGAACGGGUGACCGCACAGAGAACGCGGCUUGAACGGGACAUGAUAGCGCAGAAGACUGAAAUGGAGGAACAGAAGGAACAGCUUCAGAAAUUACAGAAAGAGAAACAAGAACUAGAACAGAAAAUAACACUCUUGAUGGAGCAGCAGAAACUUCAUGAUUAUGUGCUGAUAAAACAUGAGGAGCAGCAGCAGGGUUCGUUGUCACCAAUCGGAGUCCAGGAGUCCAAUUCACAAGAAAUUCAGAGUCUUGUGUUACAAUUGGAAGAGCAACAAACUCUCGUUAGUACCUUGACACAUCAACUGAAGGAAGAGAGAUUUAAGCUGGCAGCAGCAUUAACAGCUGAAAAGCAAACGCCAUCCACUGUCAGUGAUCAGGCAUCACAUACACACGACUUUAGUGGCUGUGAAGAAAUGCUGGAACACAUCAAUAGCUGCCUGGAUGAGGAGGCUGAGAGGUCCAGUGACGUAGACACUUGGCUCCAGGUGGAAUCUGAUAGCACGAACCAUUGUAAGGGGAAACGGGAUGCUUAUAUGAAGAUUGUAAAUAUAUUUGAGGCUGAAGUUCAGGAACUGAAGAACCUGGUGAUUCAGGAGAGAGCCUCUAAUGAGGUUUGGAAGAAGAACCUAGAGGAGGAAGAGGAGAAGUUCAGAAACCUUGACUCAGACUACCAGAAACUUGUAAAAGAGUUGCACAGCUUCCAUGAAGAGCAAAAGGAUAAGGAUCGUCAUAAUCUCGCAUACUAUGAGGUACAGGCACGAGGCUUUACUGAGAAGAUAGACGGCAUGACGGCACAGCUCCUCAACAAAGACGAAGCACUCCUACAGAAAGACAAAGAAAUGUCUCAGAUGAAGGAAAGCAUGAAGAAACUUGAGCUGGAGAACGAAGCAAUCACAAUUCUCAAAGCACAGGUUGAAGUUUAUCAGUCCGACUUUAAUGCAGAACGAGAGGCUCGUGAAAACCUUGCAGGGGAGAAGGAGAGACUAGCAGAAGAUCUGCGACAUCUCCAGUGCCGUAACCAGCAACUGUUGGAUGAAUUGGAGAUGUACCAGCAGACCCAAUUUGAGCAGAUGCAGAGACAGGGAGUUCCAUCGGCACCAACCGUCGCAAGUGGUUGGAACACGAUAGCGACCCCAGGACGAGCGAAACUUCAGAGACCGGCUGGGUCCUCUCCAGGCAGGAUCUCACCUGGAAGACCUACAGCUCCUCAGCACCAACAGCAGCCUCUUCCACCAGCAGAACAGAAUGAUAGACCAUUCAGGGUAUAUGACGAGGAGGUCCCGCCACCAAAGCACUAUUCUUGUCCCGUGUGUAACAUGGAAUUUCUUCAGGUGGACCUCCUAGAGUACCACGUAGAUACUUGUCUCGAAUGACGUAGCCAGACGUAAGGUUUAUCCUAAGAAAGAGGACGAGUACUACUGUCCGAAGUGCGGCACGCGUUUCUUCUCACUGCGGCCCUUGGAACAUCACGUCGAGGAAUGUUUGAACCUGCUAACUUAACGUCAGGUACCUGUGACAUUUGAAGUGAUUACCCGCACAUGUAUGAUAAUCAAAACACAUUAUUUUCAUAAUAUGUUGCUCGUUACUAAUCAUAUACAUAGGAAAAGUAUAUUUUUAUGAGUAACGAACAUUAUCACUAGUGCCAAUUUGACUCAUGUCGCGACUGGUAGUACCAGACGGCUUUAUACCGUAAAACACACUUGAUCAUUCGGACGUUAAUAUCGUUACUAUUUUACUUAGCCGUGAGACUUUGGCUUCAGUAGUUUGUAAUUUUUCUGGUUUAUUCGAAGACUUUUGUCAAAAUUUAUGUGCGUCUGAGCUGAUUUUAAAAAAUGAUGAUUAGGCGCGGGUCGUUGGAAUGAAUCACGUCUGUGACUACAACAGUUAUUAUGCGUUAAUUUUGUAUGUGCCAUUAUCCGUGAUUCAGUCCGUUUGGACUGUACUUUUAUAGUUCAAGUUAUUGCUCAUUAGCCGCUUUCUUAGCGUGGAUUGGUAUUUUUAUUUUAAUAUAUAUAUGAAAGUAAUUGAAUAGCAUAUUGAGAAUUAAGUACCGUUGAGGGAGUCUGAAUUUUUUUGAUCAGACGUCAUAUAUGAACUUCUUUAUGAAAAUACUGUAUUUUAUCCAAGUUAAAUAAUUACCAGAAUGUUACCACUAGUUAAUGUAAGUGUUUUAGCUUUCGCUUAAUUUCUCCUAGAACAAUUAGAAAAGGAGGACGUUGAGGUAGAUCUCGAGUUCUGAAGGCUUGGGUCAGUGGUCCCCAACCUUUUUGUGCCUACGGGGACAUCUGAGAGUUUAUGGGAUCGUGGCGGGCACCAAC